AUGACCGUUGGGGCCGCUCCGCCCCAAGCGGAGGCAGACCACUGCCUGAAACCGCCGGAUGGCUCGCCGCCGAUUACGCCAGUCCAACCGAGUAAAAAGGCCAAGGCUUGCUCGAGUGGUGGCUUCUCUGGAGAGGGAGAGAUGGAGAUCGCCAUCGUCACUGCACGAGCUGAAGGUACAGAAGAUCAGCGAGAUAUGGAUGUGGAAAUGAAAUUGAAGAACCCAGAUGAUGACAGGAACGAACCAAAACCAGACGAAGGCAGCAAGGUACCUGGAAGAGCCAAAGCUUCCUAUCGGGACUCCUUCCUGGGCAAUGGUCCACCUGAGGAAAUUCCCGAAGGAGAUGAGUUAAUGUCCGACGAAUCUGAUGGAGAGGGCAUUGACGACGACCCGGAAUGCCCAACGAUCCGGAUCAAGAAAAGCACGGACGCCAGAGUUAGAAGUCGAUGGAAGAGGGCAAUCACCUUCCGUGUGCUGGGUAAAUCGUUUCCCUUUGCUUUCAUUCACAGGAGAAUACAGAAAAUGUGGGCGAGAACGGGUGGUAUCAAAAUUGGGGACAUUGGAAAUGGCUAUCUGCAGGCGACCUUUGAUUCCCAACUAGAUCAUGAUCGCGCUCUCUACGGUGGUCCCUGGACCAUUGAAGACCACUAUAUUGCUUCAGAGCCAUGGCGUACUGAUUUUGAUCCAGAUUUUGACUCAAUCAGCCACGCCUCGGUUUGGGUCAGACUCCCACGACUCCCUCUCGCCUACUUCGAUGAAGAAAUCUUGUAUGACAUUGGGGAUAAGCUGGGGAGAGUGGAAAAGAUCGACUACAAUACUGCGAACGGUUCAAGAGGCAACUACGCUCGCAUCUGCGUUGAAAUUGAUCUAAGGAAAAGGCUUAUCUCGAAAUACAAAAUUAAGAGGAGAGUCCGAAGAGUGGAGUACGAGGGACUUCAUAUGGUUUGUUUUGGGUGUGGUCAUUAUGGCCACCUGGAGAAUGCCUGUCCGCUGAAGGAAGCAAAUGAGAAUUUAACACCGGAGGAGAGAACAAAACAGAAUACAACCCAGCACCAAAAGCAGGAGAUUAGGUCAGAACUGCUUGAGGAUUUCGGGCCAUGGAUGAUUGCAACUAGAAACCGCAGGAAAACGAAGCAGCAUACAUCACAGAAAGUGGGAAAAGAUGGGAAAGGUAAGGAGGGUAAUCCAACGGCCGAGGUGUCUGGUUCGAGGUACAACAUUCUGAUGCAGGAGGGUGUGCAGGAACUGGAAGAUGAAGAUGAGGAAGUGGAUGAGCACAUAAUAACCCAAGAAAAAAAAAAUUAUUGA